AUGAAUUCUAACAACUGGCUUGGCUUCCCUCUUUCACCAAACCACUCUUCGUUGCCUCCUCAUGAAUACAAUCUUGGCUUGGUCAGUGACCAUAUGGACAACCCUUUUCAAACACAAGAGUGGAAUAUGAUCAAUCCACACGGUGGAGGAGGAGGAGGAGAUGAAGGAGGAGAGAUUCCAAAAGUGGCUGAUUUUCUCGGUGUGAGCAAACCGGGAGAAAAUCAAUCCGACCACCUCGUAGCUUACAACGACUCGGAUUACUACUUCCACACCAAUAGCUUGAUGCCUACCGUCCAAUCAAACGACGUCGUCGUAGCUUGUGACUCCAAUACUCCUAAUAAUAGCUAUGAGCUUCAGGAGAGUGCUCACAAUCUACAGUCACUCACUUUGUCCAUGGGGACCACCGGUGGUAAUAACGCUGCUGCCAAAGCUUCACCGUCCGAGACCACCGGGGAUAACACUAGCGGUGGAGCAUUAGCCGUUGUUGAGACGGCCACGCCGAGGCGGGCUUUGGACACUUUCGGACAACGAACCUCGAUCUAUCGUGGUGUCACAAGGCAUCGAUGGACCGGUCGAUAUGAAGCUCACCUGUGGGAUAAUAGUUGUAGAAGAGAAGGCCAGUCUAGGAAAGGAAGACAAGUUUACUUGGGUGGGUAUGACAAAGAAGACAAAGCAGCAAGAUCAUAUGAUCUAGCUGCACUUAAGUACUGGGGUCCUUCAACUACUACUAAUUUCCCGAUUACUAACUACGAGAAAGAAGUAGAGGAAAUGAAGCACAUGACGAGACAAGAGUUCGUGGCUGCUAUUAGAAGGAAAAGUAGCGGAUUCUCACGAGGCGCUUCUAUGUAUCGAGGAGUAACAAGGCAUCACCAACAUGGAAGAUGGCAAGCAAGGAUUGGUCGAGUCGCCGGAAACAAAGAUCUCUACUUGGGAACCUUUAGCACUGAGGAAGAAGCAGCAGAAGCUUACGAUAUAGCCGCGAUAAAGUUCAGAGGACUCAACGCAGUGACCAACUUCGAGAUCAACCGGUACGACGUGAAAGCCAUCCUAGAGAGCAGUACUCUUCCCAUAGGAGGAGGUGCGGCUAAGCGGCUCAAAGAAGCUCAGGCUCUUGAAUCUUCAAGAAAACGCGAAGCCGAGAUGAUAGCCCUUGGGUCAAGUUUCCAAUACGGUGUUGGGUCGAGCUCAGGCUCUGGCUCCAGCUCAUCAUCAAGGCUUCAGCUUCAACCUUACCCUCUAAGUAUUCAACAACCAUUAGAGCCUUUUCUAUCUCUUCAGAACAAUGACAUCUCUCAUUACAACAACAACAACAACAAUGCUCAUGAUUCCUCCUCUUUCAAUCACCAUAGCUAUAUCCAGACGCAGCUUCAUCUUCACCAACAAACCAACAAUUACUUGCAGCAACAAUCGAGUCAGAACUCACAGCAGCUCUACAACGCGUAUCUCCAUAGCAAUCCGGCUCUGCUUCAUGGCCUUGUGUCCACCUCCAUCGUUGACAACAGCAACAAUGGAGGCAGCUCUAGUGGGAGCUACAACACUGCAGCGUUUCUUGGAAAUCACGGCAUUGGUAUUGGGUCGAGCUCGACCGUUGGAUCGACCGAGGAGUUCCCAACCGUUAAAACAGAUUACGAUAUGCCUUCGAGUGAUGGCACCGGAGGAUAUGGUGGCUGGACCGGUGAGUCUGUUCAAGGGUCGAAUCCUGGUGGUGUUUUCACUAUGUGGAAUGAAUGAAAAGGGAUCUGUUUCUUGCGGCACAAAGAAAGAGGUCA